CCGCAGGCCUCCAGACCUGCGAGUGGUACCCGCCGUGGCUGUGGAUCCUGUGCAUCGUGCUGGCGGUUCUCUUCAUCAUCAUGAUGAUCAUCAACAUCUUCCUGUGUUCGGCCAUGACCUGCUCCUGCACCAAGACGGAGGUCAUCGAGAAGGAGCCGUCCAUCAUCGAGGAGUAUGACCCCUACAGGUCGUGGCACGGCUCGCAGUACGGAUCGAGGUACUCCCUGAACGGCAAGGGCUACACCUCCGGCGCCUCCACCAUGAACUCCGCCCGCUCCGUCUCGUCCCACAGCGACCAUUACGCCAUCGUCCACUCCCGCCCCAACUCCCGCUACUCCGGCCACCACUCCCUCAAGCACGACAAGCACCACCACCACCACCGCGGGCCGCCCUCGACGACCGGCAGCCACUACUCCGGCAAAUACUGAGGCGGAGGCGGGAUGGCGCUGUCGGUCCGACGUCGGUCUGUCUCUGGAGUUGUCGUCUCGAAGGAGUGGGCUGGAUCUUUAGCUUUUUUUUGGACUCGUAGAGAUAUGUAGGAUUUUUGUCUUUAGGUCUUUGUCUUCUUUUCCCUUGUCAUUAUUUUAGUCGAUGAUGGGAAUAAGAAAGUGAUUUAUUAUCUUUAAAAAGAAAUCAACCUUCUUCUCUUCCACGUCCUCCUCCUGCGAAGAAGAAAGAGGAAAACAAACGAUUAAGCGAUAUUGGAAUCUUUGGUGAAAAUUAUCUGCUCUUUUUUCCGGGGAAGGAAGAAUUCGACCGACGCUUCCCGCUGUCCCUUCCGCUCAACAGAUGGCGACACUGAAAACAAGAUGGCGGCUCGAAGAGUGUCGCCGCGUCACUUGCGCGGGAAGUUCAAAUACGCCGGGAGACCCUUCUUCCUCUCGAGUUCUCGGGAAAUCGAAGCCGUUACAUAAAUAAUGACUUUUUAUUAGAUCUCCAACAUCAUCCCCGCCACCAAAUUCCCGGCGGCCCGCCCUGCCUGCGCCCGGAGGCCCAAGAGGCUGCCUGCCAGAGCCGCGACCCCUAUCUUUCAUAAUUGCUUAUUGGAAAUUCAUUCGGCCAAGGCUGGGAUAGAAGCCGAGCUGCCGAUUACGGAAUGUCUUGGGAAUGCAAACUGAAGAACUUCCACUCGCUGGAAACACUUCCUCUCAUUGGCAAUUCAGAAAGAAGAAAAGCAACUUUAGAGAAAAUGUCGGAAGCACGCAGUAGGCGCUUUCCCGAAAUCCCGGAAAUGUUGUUUCUCCCGCCAUUAACCAGCCGCUGCUCCAAGCCAAACAAGCAGCGUAAACACAGAAUCCAACUUCGUAGAUUUGUGAGUAUGCCUUUCCAACCACACCUGAGCUUGCCGACAUUAUGCCACAGGUUUCAAGGCGCGUCCAUUAUGCGUUGCAGCCCGUCCGCCAUGGAUCUCCCGCGAGGCAGUCGGGCGAUUCAGCGUUUCCCUUCGCUGAGGUCGCCCGCACAAAGAGGAUGGCGACAGAUGGACGUGUAGGGUUGGAAAAGGGACGGGCAGCUCACCCAAAUCCUUCACAUAUAUAUAUAUAUAU